AAAAUGGCAGCCAACUGUAAUGCUAGUGCCAGCAAGACCAAAACCAAGAAGAAACACUUUGUGGCUCAGAAGGUAAAGCUAUUCAGAGCCAGUGAACCGCUGCUCAGUGUCCUGAUGUGGGGAGUCAAUCACACUAUCAAUGAACUAAGCCAUGUUCAGAUUCCCGUUAUGUUGAUGCCAGAUGACUUCAAAGCAUUCAGCAAGAUUAAAGUGGACAAUCACCUUUUUAACAAGGAGAAUCUCCCAAGUCGUUUCAAAUUUAAGGAGUAUUGUCCGAUGGUUUUUAGGAAUCUACGAGAGAGAUUUUGCAUCGAUGAUCAGGAUUACCAGAACUCAGUAACACGGAGUGCCCCCCUAAACAGUGACACACAGAAUCGGAUGGGUGCUCGAUUCUUAACUACAUAUGACAAGAGAUUCGUCAUUAAAACAAUAACUAGUGAAGAUGUAGCAGAGAUGCAUAAUAUUUUAAAAAAGUAUCAUCAGUAUAUUGUGGAAUGCCAUGGUAAUACACUUCUUCCCCAGUUCCUGGGCAUGUACCGGUUAACAGUGGAUGGAGUGGAGACGUACAUGACCGUAACAAGAAAUGUAUUUAGUCACAGACUUACCGUCCACAGGAAAUAUGACCUGAAGGGUUCAACAGUAUCGAGAGAAGCUAGUGGAAAAGAAAAGGCCAAAGAGCUGCCAACGCUAAAAGACAAUGACUUUCUAAAUGAAGGGCAAAGAAUUCAAAUAGGGGAUGAAAAUAAAAAGAUGUUUCUGGACAAACUUAAGCGUGAUGUUGAGUUUUUAGCACAAUUGAAGAUCAUGGAUUACAGCCUGUUAGUUGGUAUCCAUGACGUAGAUCGUGCCGAGCAAGAAGAGGUCGAAGUGGAGGAGAAAGGCGAGGAGGAAGAUUGUGAAAACGAUGGAAUGAGCCAUCCUGUUGGUUCAUAUGGAACCCCGCCGGAUAGCCCUGGAAAUAUGUUGAGCUUCCCACAAAUCUUUGGACCAGGGGAGUUUGACCCAACCGUGGAUGUGUAUGCUAUAAAGAGCCAUGACAAUACCCCAAGGAAAGAAGUUUUCUUUAUGGCAAUAAUUGACAUUUUAACUCAUUAUGAUGCAAAGAAGAAAGCUGCCCAUGCUGCCAAAACUGUGAAACACGGGGCUGGUGCCGAGAUAUCAACAGUUAACCCCGAACAGUACUCAAAGCGUUUCUUAGAAUUUAUGUCCAACAUCAUAACGUAG